GGCGAUCUAGAAUUGACCACUGAUAAGUAUCCUCGAGGUAUCCUAGCUAAUCACCACGCAGAGAAACCCCUUUCGAGAACAUCUUCCCAGAGGUAAUGCAUGUGGUUGGCUGCGCGGGGUGCGUUUGUGUGGCUGCGUGAGCCGUAAACGGACUCGGAUGAUCAGCGCAAAAUGUUCGAAAUGUUUUAUAAGACGGCAUCGUCCGACUCGUUGAUGUUUUGACUCACCCACGUUCCCGCACCUCCCGCCAUAACUAUUUCGAAAGCCAUACAGAAAUUAAACAUCCUACGACGGACUCUUCGCUUUCCACAUCUGCGAGCGCCGACGACAGACAUCACAACUACAAUGGCAGGACCCGAAGUAUCCCACGGCCGUGGCGGCGCCGGCAACAUCAACCCCGACGACACCAAGUACGUUGACGGAGAAGUCGUUAGAGCAGGCUCUGAAGGCAGCCACGGCGAUGGAGCGUUCAGCACCGGUCGCGGAGGCGCAGCAAACAUAGGCGACGCAGGCGUCACGCCCCACCGCCGCGCCGACAAGGACAUCAUCCCCGACGCCGCCAUCCGCCACUCCCAAGAGACGGAGAACUACCACACCGGUCGGGGCGGCGCCGGUAACGAGCGUCACGUCUCUCCGGCUGGUACUGGUAACGGUAGUAGUCACAAGGCUGCCGUUGUGGACAGGGGGACAGGGGGUGGUAUACCUGGUGUUAGUGGUGAUCAUCAUCAUCAUCAUCAUCAUCAUCAUGGUACCCAUGAGAGACAGCACAGUUUGGCGGAUAAGUUGAAGUGGAAGAUUUUUGGAAAGCCAAAGGGGCAUGAGACUGAGGUUUCGCAUGUUGGGGACGGUCCGGGUCACUGAGGGAUGCCCGACAGGAUGGGGUGGAGAUUUGGCUCGGCGCUCGGCAUGUGGGGGACUGGGGCUGAGCUGAGCUGAGUUGAAGUGAAUGUGCGCGUUUUGAAUUGGCGAGCUGAGAAGGAGGGGGAAAGGCCAGUUUUUGUUAUACCAAAUACCCAUUUUUUGUCUUUAUUCGGCCUUCCAGUCCUGGGCAUAGCUUUUGGAUAGAUUUUGUGGUUUGGGGAUUUUGAUAGCAAGCUGCUGUCCAUUAAUAUUUAUCAUACUUUCUUGAAUUUGAGAGUUUGGGAUGGAUUGAUGGACGUCUUGGCGGUGACUAACACCCAGAAUUGCAACUGAAGUUACUGAACAGGAUUCAAUGCGACGCUCCGAACCACCGACGGGCGGGAGCAUGAACAGAGAUGUUUUAUGAUUGUUAUGUACGUUGUAGUUAGUCUGCCGUCAGCCAAGAGCUGGUAAUGGCAAUAUCUUCACUUCAU